AUGGCAGGACUGAAGAUCAAUCUAGAGGAGCUGGAGAGCGAUGAUGACGGCACGGCAAGAAUAGCCCACGACGAGAUUCACCUUGGCGAACUCACAGUUUCUUCCGAGGGACUCACAACGUCUAUGGGUUACAAAUACGGACUUUCACCUGAGGAUGUAGAACUUAGUGCUACUGGUUUUUUGGGUCAGGGCAGUAGUGGGUCUGUUCGACGAGCAACACAUCGCAAGACUGGAAAGACUAUAGCUUUGAAGGAGAUAAAGAUCACAAGUCAGGUACAUUUACAGGAGAUAAGAAGAGAAUUAGAAACACUUCACCGAGAUUGUAGUACUUCACCUUAUUUGGUGGAAUUCUAUGGUGCUUUCUGUCAUGAAGGUUCUGUUUUUAUAGCUAUGGAGUGUAUGGAUGGUAGUUUAGAUAAUGUAAUAAAACCUGUUCCUUUGGAGGUAUUGGUAAGUGUUACACGUAGUAUUCUUCGUGGACUUUGUUAUUUACACAAAAAGCGACAUCUUAUACACCGCGAUUUAAAGCCUAGUAAUAUUCUUUACAGUUAUGAUGGGCGUAUAAAAAUAUCGGAUUUUGGUGUAAGUUCCUCUUUAGAAUGUACCCGUGGAGAUGCGCAUAGUUUUGUUGGGACAUUAGUUUAUAUGAGUCCUGAGAGAUUGAAAGGUGAAGCCUACUCACUCUCAGUGGAUAUAUGGUCACUUGGUCUUGUUAUUGCUGAACUUGCACUAGGAAGAUGUCCUUUUAAUGAUAGUUUAGCUCGUAAUAAUAGUUCAACUGAAGCUUGUUUUUGGAUACUACUACAACAUUUAUCCAGUGAUGAUCCGGUGAUGACUUUUCCACCAACAAUGGAUGCAUCUUUAGCAGAUUUAAUUUCUCGAUGUAUUCAAAAAGACAAGGAGAAACGCGCUACAUGUGAAGAAUUACUACAACACCCAUUUAUUACCCAACAAGAUGAAAAAAAUGAUCGAUAUCUUAUUCAACAGUGGCUUUCCACAAUGAAGACAAAGAAAGAAGUCACUUCCCCAACAAACAGGUCUAGCAAACCUGCAACGUCAAGACCAACAUCAGAUGCACCAUUGAAUCUCGAUGAUGAGCUCCACAAACUGCUUCAGUGA